AUGGCAUUCAAAUUUGUAGUAUUCGCUGCCUUCGUAGCCGUGGCUCGUGCAGGUAACCUGGGUUACGCCGCCGCCCCUCUCGGAUAUGCCGCCUCUUCUUUGGGUUACGCCGCCCAAGGUAUCCACUCAUACGCUCAUGCAGCUCCAGUAUUGGCUACUCACGGAAUCAACGCUUACUCUCACGGCUAUUCUGCUCCAAUCGCCUACGCCGCUCCCGUAGUCAAAUCCGUCGUAGCCGAUGCCCCAGCUCACUACGACUACGGUUAUUCCGUAAGCGACCCCCACACCGGAGACCACAAAUCCGCCGUAGAAACCCGCAGAGGUGAUGCCGUUCAAGGUCAAUACUCCCUCGUAGACAGCGACGGAACCAAGAGAACCGUAGACUACACCGCCGAUGCCGUAAACGGAUUUAACGCCGUAGUAAGCAAAACCCCUCUUGCUCACCAUGUCGUAGCUGCUCCAGCUGUUGCCACAUAUGCUGCUCCAGUUGCUGCCCAUUACGCUCAUGCUGCUCCAGUAGCGGCCCAUUACGCUCAUGUUGCUCCAGUAGCUGCCCAUUACGCUCAUUCUGCUCCAGUAGCUGCCCAUUACGCUCAUUCUGCUCCAGUAGCUGCUCAUUACGCUCAUGCUCCAGUUUCUGCUCAUUAUGCUCAUGCCGCCCCUGUCGCUUACUCUGGAUACGCUCACCCCGUCGCUCAAGCUUGGUAA